CGGUGGAGAUUCAGUCAACACUGUUUUCCUCCUGUGUGGUCUACCUGAUACUUGAAUUUGACUCAUUUUUGGGGUCAUGCCUUAAAAUUAGCUGGCAAAAUGGUUGGACGGCAUGGAUAAAACAGAUACAUUAUGGUGGGCCCCAAAGAACUUUGACACUAGCUAGCUGGCUGGUGUUGGGGUAACUAGCCAAACCGCGUCUUAAAAUUAGGGGGCAAAACGGGUGGACGGCGUGGAUAUAAAACACAUACAUCAGGUGGGGCCCGACAGUGCCCAACACAUCGACAAACCACCGCUGGGGUGGUGAUGGCACCACCACCUUAUCCCGUCCGGCGCAUGAUAGGUAGCUCGUGCCGCGGAGCACAGCUACACAGGUUAGCUUUUGGCGACAAGAAGUAAACCUGGUAAUGACCUCCUGUAACCGAAUUUUCAACCGUAUUUCAAAUCCCUUAACCGUUGUUUCAUGGAACUCGAACAUCAGAGCAGCGGUCGACAAUGGUUGCAGCAAAAAGGCUCUUCUUGUCUUCCGCCAGAUGAAGGAAUCCGGCAUCCAACCCGACAAUUUCACCUUCCCCUUCAUAGCGAAGGCCUGUGCUCGGCUCUCCCAUCUCCAAAACUCCGAAAUCAUUCAUAGCCACAUUGCAAAAUCCCCUUUCUCUUCCGAUAUCUUCGUGCAAACAGCAAUGGUAGAUAUGUAUGCCAAAUGCCACCGCUUGGAUUCCGCACACGCAGUGUUUAUUGGAAUGCCUGAAAGAGACGUGGCGUCUUGGAAUGUGAUCAUUGUGGGUUUUUCUCAGUUGGGUCUUCUUGAUAGAGUUUUGGAUCUUUUCCACCAAAUGAGGCUUGCAAAUUUCAAACCUGAUUCAAUCACGAUCAUAAGCUUGACUCAGUCUAGUGCAAAUAUGAAGAACUUAAAUGUGGUGAAAGCUGUUCAUUCCCUGGGAAUUCACACUGGAGUCAAAGCUGAUACCUCUGUCGCCAACACUUGGAUUGCUGCAUACGCUAAGUGCAAUGAUUUGGACUCGGCAGAGUCUGUAUUUAACGGGAUUUCUAUGGCUGCGAGAACAGUUGUCUCGUGGAAUUCAAUGAUUGCUGGUUAUGCCUAUCUGGAUAGGUUCAUUGAGGUUAUAUGUUUUUUCCGCCGCAUGUGUAAGGAUGGAACUAGACCGGACUUGAGCACCAUUCUCAGCUUACUCUCGGCGUGCGCUCGUUCAGGUUCGCUUUUACAAGGCCAGCUAAUCCACUCUUGGGCCAUCAAAGAAGGGUUUGAUUUGGAUGUGCUGGUGGUAAACACUCUCAUUUCUAUGUAUUCUAAAUGUGGGGAUGUUAUCUCCGCACGCUUUUUGUUUGAUAAAAUGUUGGAUAGAACUUGUGUUUCUUGGACUGUGAUGAUUGGUGGGUAUGCCCAGAAAGGGGAUGUCGACGAAGCAUUGGAAUUGUUUUAUGCCAUGGAAGCAGCUGGUGUGAAGCCUGAUGCAGUUACUGUGGUUGCCGUGUUGUCCGCCUGUAGCCAAACAGGGGCUCUUGAUCUUGGGCGAUGGAUCAAUAGGUAUGCGAUUGCAAAUGGGUUGAUAGAGAAUGUUAUGGUUUCGAAUGCGGUGGUAGAUAUGUAUGCCAAAUGUGGUAGUAUUGAUGAAGCUCGGGGUCUUUUCAACUCUAUGCCUGGGAAAACUAUAGUCUCUUGGACGACUAUGAUCGCAGGGUAUGCGAUGAAUGGGGAUUUCGAAGAGGCUUUUGAUCUUUUCUCUCGAAUGGUGAAAUCAGGCUUGAAACCGAAUUGUGUUACGUUUUUGGCUGUUCUUCAAGCAUGCACCCAUGCCGGUUUCCUCGAGAAAGGGUUGGAGUAUUUCAAUUUAAUGGUUGAAAUAUAUCAGUUAAGGCCCGAAUUAGAGCACUAUGCUUGUAUGGCUGAUCUUCUUGGGCGUAGUGGUAGAGUAAAACAAGCAUUGGAAUUCAUCCAGAGCAUGCCUGUUGAACCUGAUGCUGGGUUAUGGGGUGCUUUACUUGGUGCUUGCAGAAUUCACAAUGCAGUUGAGGUUGGCGAGUAUGUGGCGGACCACCUUUUCAUGAUAGAGUCUCAGACUGCUGUAUCGUAUGUCGCGAUGGCAAACAUCUAUGCAGCAUUAGGGAGGUGGGAGGGUGUUGCAAAGAUACGGGCAAUGAUGAAAAGCAAGGGGGUGAGGAAAUUGCCAGGCCGCAGCCUCAUUCGAGUGAAUGGAAAGGUUCAUGCAUUCACUGUCGAAGAUAGGCAUCACCCUGAAGGCUUCCAGAUAUAUGAAGUUUUAGGUGGUUUAGCUUUGCAGUUGAAGGAAGCAGGAUUCAGGCCAAAUUCAAUAUACGUUCUUCUAGAGGAGUGGGAGUGAAAUGAUGAUAUUGGAUGAAGGCACUGGCAGGAACCGUUGUGAGAGAGAUCUCUAUCUUCGAAAGGCUAAGGGUCUCUUUGGAAUGUCCUCGAAAUUGGAAUUGGGAGCAUUCAUCCAUUGCCUCAACUGACAAUGUGAUGAUAAAGGGUUAUGGUCAUUUUUGAAGCACAUUUUGUGGAUGCAUUUAGAGCAUCCUUCAUCUGCAUUCUGCAAGAUGUAGGAAACAGCUUCACUUCCAAAAAACUUGCAUGGGCCAACGAGAAUCCCAUUCCAUUCUGAUUGUGGUAAUUCCAAACAAGGUUUGACUUUAGCCUUUCAAUCUGGGUCAUCUUCCAACGAUCAUUUAUAUAACAGGUCUCACUUUGUAUGGUGGAAAGUCAAGAAAUAAAAGCUUUAGUUGGAUAAUUUCAAUCCAUUGGUAUUGCUUUGAACA